AAAAAAAAGAAAAAAACCCUUCCUUAAUGGUCCUGGAUAAAACCGGCCCGAUCCAGUAAAUUGGGCUGGGCUGGUAGGACGCUUUCCUAUUCUUUCACUCGGCGCGGCCCGUACCACUUGCGGAUCGGAUUUUGCCCACUUCAUCGUUCGAACAAACUAACCCGAACCCGAACUAAUAAAAAAAGAGUCACGAAUUCAUCAAUCCGAGAGUAUUGGGUCGGUUCAGGAAGCGGUUCGCAACCCGAACCGUAAAGGAGCCCCGCGCGCGGGUGCUCGGUCCCGAAUAAAAAGCGCGGGAAAAAGCAUCGAAGCUCACCGUUCGCCUCCAACUUCUAAUUAGGGUUCAGCGGCGAAGCGAGUGAUCCUCUCGCAACCCUAAUUCAUGGCUUCUAGGGGCGGCGAUCGAGCGUUACCCACGUCGGCCGCGUCGGGGGCGGCGGCGGCGGCGGCGGAGGAGAUGGAGGAGGGAGGGGAAGAGGAGUUUGGGUUCUCGAGGAACUACUUCUUGGCGAAGGAGAUCGGCUCCGCUUCCGGGAAGAGAUCGGCCGCGCGCAAGCUAUCCGACAUCGAUCUCGUCGAUGAGCAGGUAUUGCGAACAUCGCUAGCCGGAAUCGCCACAAAACACGAGAAAGAGAUAAAGGCUUUAUUGAAGAGAUACAAGGACCUGUAUCCUAGGUGGCUGUUUGAGCUAAGGUGUGGUUUUGGCCUCUUAAUGUAUGGAUUUGGUUCUAAGAAGGUCUUGCUUGAAGAUUUUGCUUCAACAACCUUAACAGAUUAUGGUGUAAUUGUUAUUAAUGGCUAUCUUCCAUCCGUCAACAUAAAACAAGUUUUGAUUACGAUGGUUGAAGUUCUAUGGGACCAACUGAAAGUUAAUAGGAAGUGUCCUCCGAACAAGUCCAAAAUGCAACUCCCAUCUAGUUCCCAGACUAUAGAUGAUAUUCUAUCAUUUUUGGACAGCCAGAUCUCAACUGAUAACGAUGGCUUUAUAUGCGUUCUGAUUCACAAUAUUGACGGACCUGCUUUGCGAGAUUCUGAAACUCAACAGCAUCUUGCGCGGAUUGCUUGUUGUUCUCAUGUUCGUAUUGUUGCGUCAAUUGACCAUGUGAAUGCACCUCUAUUGUGGGAUAAGAAGAUGGUUCACACACAAUUCAAGUGGUGCUGGUAUCAUGUCCCAACAUUUGCGCCUUACAAGGUGGAAGGGACCUUCUUUCCAUUGAUUCUUGCUAGUGGGGGAAAUGCACAAACUACAAAAACUGCCUUAGUAGUCCUACAGAGUUUGACUCCAAAUGCUCAGAGUGUUUUCAAGGUUCUAGCAGAAUAUCAGUUGGCCAAUGAAAAAGAGGAAGGUAUGCCCGUUAGCACUCUGUACACAAAGUGCCGCGAGCGCUUUCUCGUCAGCAGUCAGGUAACAUUAAACUCCCACCUAACAGAGUUCAAAGAUCAUGAAUUAGUGAAAAUAAGGAGGCACUCGGAUGGGCAAGAUUGUCUGUACAUUCCUCUUUCCACUGAAGCGCUUGAGAAGUUGUUGCAGGAGCUGGUUUGAGAUAUUUUGUUUGGAAUCGCUUUUAUCCACUUUUGAUAACUUUUUAUUUGUUGUUGUUGUUUCUUCUCAUUCGCUAAUCAUCUCUUGUCGAGUCAAAACAUUGAUAAAGGGGUCUCACAUUGGACCAUUGCUUACUCGUCCUUCAUUUUUUUCUCUUACCCUUUGUCUUUAUUUUCUCUCUUUCCCUCUUCAAGUCACCAACCUCUCCAUUGUAUUGCACCGCUUCCAUUUUUGCUCUUAGCUUUUCAAUUUUUUCACCUCUCUUGGUAUAGGAAAUCUUUUAAUUGUGUUAUAUUUUGAUUGAAAACAAACCCCAAAUCUGUAAGACCUGUUGACAGUUCAUGCUUUGACUUUCCAGUAUACCUCAUUUUUUUUUUAAUUUUUUUUCUUUUUACUUGCGGCUUUACAGAUUGUACUGUGUCCUUAUGUCGCUAGUUCAUAAGAAACAGAAAGUGGCUCCAUUACUUGCUAGCACCUGUAAAACAAACUCUUACAACAUUACCACUUAUAUUAUUAAUGUUUCUCAUGAGAGGUUGCUCUUAA